CAAAUGGAGAGUCCUCCUCCGCUCCUCCUCCGGCUCCUCCUCCUCAUGUAAUCCCAGAAGGCAGUGAGUCUCCGCAGCUUCCCAUGAAUGGUGACGCAGAACGAGACAGCUCCGGCAAGUCCAGCGCCAACUCCACUGCUGAGGGCAACUUUUUUUUCCCACUCACCCGAUCCCGGCCCUGUCCGCUUCCUGCCAUGCCCGCACUGCCCGAGGAAGAGGAGGACUCCCCCGAGGAUCCGGACAGUUCUUCAAGCUCUCCCGGUACGUGCGCGCCCGCUGAGAGCGGAGCUGUUGUCAUGACCGGGCCCACGAUCAUCUACCCACAGCAGACCGACGUCGUCCGGCGAGACGCCCGUCCUCGAGAGCCGGCGAGGCCGCACAGUCCCAGAGCUCGUCUGGCCAGAAACUCCUCUGCAGGAUCCAUCACCACAGUUGACAGCACAGGUCACGUGAUCGACCUGGUGAAGGACACGCUGCCGGAGAUGCGGCUCUCCGAGGAGGAUCGUCAGAAGAAUCUGGAGCUGCUGGAAGAAGCCAAAAAGGUCAGCGACCGCUUCCUGAUGCGCCGGGGCCGGCGUUCUACCAGCAGCCUUUCCGACUCCCCCGCAGCGGUGGAAGUUCCAGAAGUGACUUGCAGUCCGCACUCAAUCAGCCAGCAUCUGGACGUUGCCUCAGCGAGGGGGCAAAAGGAUGUGGAGGGCAGCAGACUAGCGGGGGAUUGGAAGCCCACAGAGAAAAGGAAAGUGUCUUCUGGGACCCUAACGCCCCGUUUUGCCAUUCCGAAGGAGAACCGUGACCCCAAAAGUCCUCCCGGAGCCAACAAAAGUGAGGACGGAGGACGGAAUUCCAGCCAGGCACCGGCCACAGGGGUCGCCAAGCCCGUUCCUCGACCCCCGACGCAACAGGCCCCCUGCACAGCUGAAAUCAAGACCAUCGGUGCCUUCCCACCGCUGAUGAGGGCUGUUUCCUGGGAUGCCGUCAGGGGCAUUAACUCCAGAAAUGGAACAGACGAGACGAGCUCGGACAAAGGCGCUUUUAAAGCCGCGGGGCUCAAGGAGCUCCCUGCGCCCAAACUGUCCAAAUUCAGAGAGGAACACAAGCUGAUGCGUAACCAAAGCAAGUUGCCGGACUUGAGCGAAGCUGCCGAACAGGAAAAAGGGCCCGCUUCCGCUUCAAACGCACCACCGAGCAGCGGGGAGACCAAGCCGGACGCCAUGCCAAACAUCUCUGACGUCAUGCUGAGAAAACUCAAACUUCAUCGCGGCCUACCCGGCUGUGCACCUCCGCUCACUGAAAAAGAAGUUGAGAAUGCGUUUGUCCAGCUGUCGCUGGCCUUUCGUAAUGACAACUACACACUGGAGACCCGCCUCAAACAGGCAGAGAGGGAGAGGAACCUGACUGAGGAAGAUACACAGAAAGAACUCGAAGAAUUCAAAGGCGCACUUCAGAUGAGUGCCCCGCAGUGGCAGAACCUGGAGCAGCGCGAGGCCUAUCGGCGGCUCGUAGAGACGCUGGCGGUGCUGCGUCGGCUGGCCGCCCGCCUCUCGAGCAGAUCCGAGAUAGUCGGAGCCGUUCGCCAGGAGAAACGCAUGAGCAAGGCCACAGAGGUCAUGAUGCAAUAUGUCGAAAAUCUCAAGCGGACGUAUGAGAAAGACCACGCUGAGCUGACGGAGUUCAAAAAGCUGGCCAACCAGAACUCCAAUCGCUGCUAUGGAAGCUCCGUGGAAACUGGAGAUGACGGAGUCUCUCGGGCUUCAAGAUCCAUGUCGCUCACUCUCGGGAAGGCGCUGCCCAGACGCAGGGUGAGCGUCGCCGUGGUGCCGAAGUUGAACCUCCUGAACAUCCCGGGUCAGACGCCACCCGCUGCCGCCCCCAACGCGCCAUCAGCUCCCACGCCCGGUGCUGCUCUCCCGGCCUUGAGUGAAGCAAGUGAUGCGAAAGGAAACUCCUCGCCAGAAUCCACACAACAGGCGACAACGGAGCGUGGAAAGAGCGCGCCGGAGCAGGAAGGCGAAUCGGCCAAGCCCGCCGUCAACCUGGAGGAGAUCAGAGCGGAAAUCAGGGCAGAGCUCAAGGCGAAGAUUGAGGAAGAGGCGUACAAUAAAGGCUACCGAGAAGGGCUGAAGCAAAACGAAGCGAUCCGGGAGGAAAAGCGUGAAGAGGAGGAGGACGCCGCAGACAAGUUGCCGGAAUCCAAGAUAAGCGACGAAGAAAGUGGAAAGAAGAUCAAAACAAGCCGGAGGAUGGAGGAGCUCCUGGUUCUUCUUAGCCGCAUUUGCCCCAAGGUUUUGUGGCGCAAGCAGCUCCUCUGGGUCGCGCUGGUGGUUUUUCUGGUGAUGUGUCUGGUUAUCAGCGUUUUCACAUUCUUCACCGGCUACGACAACAAGCGCGACGACACAUAAGGACGCAAGCGCUUUCUUUCUCCGGGGCACAAACCGCCAAAGAAUUGCUUGACGGUCUGUCGCUGGUCAAUUGACUCCGCGGUGGAACUCUGCUGAAGGGUUAGCGAGGAUCUUUCAGAGGCCUCACGUAUGACGUUUGCUGCAGUUACUACUUGUUCGCUUCUGUUUAGGCACCAAAUUCAAUUGUGGCACAUGUGAAUACGAUCAAUAUGCCACUUUUGAUAUCGCGUUAUUACCAGCCGAUCCAUAAAGAUAUAGAGCAUACCGUACGGUUUUUGAUUUGUACCAUUAUUAUUGUUUUUUUUUAAAUACACAUUUCCGUCAAAUACGACGGAACCUGUAAGUCACGGGUGCCCAACCCAAGGCCGGAGGGCCAGAUCCAGCCCCUCACAUCAUUUUCUGUAGCCCUAUAGGCUAAAGCAAACCCCACACCGUACGUCUGGCUCGUGUUUUCUUGCUAACAUCUGAACCGAAACUGAGCCAUUGAGGACUAGAGUGGGCGAACUCCCUGUUUGAAGAAAUUGCGUUUGCCCCAAAUUUCUGCAUUUUGCCAAACACAGUCUCGCCUCGAGAUUCGAGUUUAAUUCGUUCCGUGACCACAUUCGUAACUCAAGACGCUCGUAUCGCAAAUCGCCUUUCCCCAUUCGAAUGAAUGGAAAUGCCAUCGAUUCGUUCCAGCCUUCCCAACUUACAUACAGUACAUACAUUCAGACAUAAUUAAACAGAAUGUAAAUCAUGAAGCCAUUUUUGUCACACUUUUUGCGUCAACAUGAUUGAUCAUGCCACUCUUUCUGGCGUGUGCGCUUUGGCCACAUAGGGGCAGUAUAUACAGACACGAGGAUAUACACGUCAGUAAUGUUCGUCUACAAGAUGAGUUUUGUUAUAUUAUCUGUCCACACAUGUCGCUCCGCCGUUUGAUUGAAGCCUCUUUUUUUUGGUGUGCUUACACGCUCAAAAUGGCCAAUUGGGGAAAACAAUUCAAUAAUAACUACAACGCAAAUGAAUUUGCGUGGACCUCCCCUGCAUCUAAGUUGAACACCGCAAAAGUGGUCCAAUUUGGAGUCGAAUCCCACUUUCUUUCACAACUCGGACGUCAGUCCCUCAUCGUGCGUGAUGUCACACAAGACCAAGCACAUGCUAACGACGAACAUAUAUUUUGACUUCGCAACACUUAACCUGAAUUCAUUCCAGCAACAGCUAUAAAACAUUCCGAGUUGACAGCACCCCUUUGCAAACACCUUCGUGUUUCCUCUCCAUUAUGUGACCGUCAGACGUCUUCAAAGGGUGAGUACUUUGACAAGUACUUGGUUUUAUUAUGCAGUGGUUAACUUCUGACUUACAUUUGUCUGACAGUUAGGAAUGUUAAAUGUUACUUCCAACAUCGCCUGCGCAGCGGUGCCUUGAGAUACGAGUCGAAUUCAGUCUGUCACCGCUCUCCUUGCGAAAAUGAUUUUUCCCCAUUUCAAUGAAGGGAAAAAACAACAACAAAAAUACUUGUUUUUCAAAUUAUGAAAAUAGCACUCAAUAAUAUUGCAUUUUAUAAAAACAAAACAAAAAACAGCAACUUAGUAAUAACAGCAUUUAAUGAAACAGUUUGUGCAUCAUGAUUAAUUCCUCGCAGCUUCUCCUGGCGUGUGCGACUUGGCCACCACGGAGCAUUAUAAUACAGUCGUGCAGACACAAAUGAAGAAGAGUUUCACAAGUACUAUAAGUGACUCAGUCAACUGCUGUUAUAGUAUUAGUCAUUUUAUAUAUGCCUGUGAGUAUUGUGAUAUUGUCUCUCUACAUGGGUUGCUGCACCGUUUGUGUUCGAACAUUGGUGGUUGAAAGGGUUUUAACACAGCAACUAUCGAUGCUAUUUGUUUGCCCCUCUAUGGGGUUUUGCAUUGUGUUUUCGCAUUAAGCUAAGCGGACUCUCCUAAGGAAAAGCUAUGUGGUUGUUUUAAAUUCAUGAGGUGCAAUUGUCUUUGU